AUGGAGACCGAGACGAUUGAAGUCGACGGCAAGACGGCGCCGCUCUCCAAUUUUGACUCUGCUUCCUCUGGACGUGCCGGAAGCGAUGAGAAGAAACCCAACCUCGAGGUCACCUCUCUCGCUGAUUCGCAAGUGAGCUUCGACGAUGACACCGCUAUCAUUGUCACCGGAACGGAUGCCGCGAAUCACCUACUCUCUCUGCGAGAUGACAAGGACCCAGCACUCACCUUUCGGAGCAUUUUCUUGGCCAGCAUACUGUCGUCUUUCCAAGCGGUCAUGACCCAAAUUUACUAUUUCAAACCGACUAAGAUCGACAUCUACGGACCUUUCAUUGUGAUCAUUGCAUAUGUCCUGGGCGUCGGAUGGGCCAAAGUCUUUCCACGCGGCGACGUGCUCCUGGCGCGAUGGACAGCCCAAGGUGGCCAUGGCAAACGUCCGAUCUGGAUCUCGCUGUGGCUGUUCCUCAAUCCUUGCGCAUGGAGCCUCAAAGAGCAUGCAAUCACCUCCAUCACAGCGACGUCUGCCUCCAACGCACACGAAAGCGUCGUCGUCUUCGCAGCGCAAAAGCUCUUCUACGACAUGGAGGUCUCAGCGACCACAGUGAUCCUUGCCGUCCUAUCGAUCGGUCUCUUUGGAUACGGACUUGCUGGGCUUUUCCGCCCCAUCAUGGUCUGGCACGUCGACGCUGUCUACUGGUCAACCCUUCCUACCGUCAAGGUCCUUCAAGGUAUGCACUGGCAGAGUGUCAAGAACUCUAAGCCGCUCCGGUGGUUCUGGUACAGUUUCAUUGGCAUGUUCUUUUACGAAAUCUUCCCGGCAUAUAUGUUUCCCUGGUUGAAUUCGGUGUCGAUCCCGUGUCUGGCCGCCUCGCAUGCGACUGGUUCCAAGGGCGAGACUCUGACGAGAUUUUUCGGAGGCGCAUCAAACAACGAAGGCUUGGGACUCUUUACAGUGUCAUUUGACUGGCAAUAUAUCACGUCCGGCCAGACGUCGCUCCCUCUGAAGUGGCAAGCUCACUACGCGGUGGGCAUCUUCACUUGUAUGCUCGCCAUGAUCGGCAUAUACUACACGGACACCUGGGGUUCCAAGUCGCUGCCCUUCAUGUCGACCAAGCUUCUGUCUGCCGACGGCAGCAAGUAUCCCAUUCACAAAGUCUUCGUCCAAGGGGAGCUCGACCAAGCAGCAUUUGCAACAUACGGCGUUCCGAAAAUGGCGGGCAGUUUUGCCUACGGGCAAUUCAUGGCCAAUGCUGCCAUCGGAGCCCUCAUUGCUCAUGUCAUCCUCUUCUGGGCAGGCGACGUAAAGCGAGCAUUUAAAGGUUCCCGUAAGAGCAGUGGAGACAGACAUCAUAUCUACAUGGCCGCCCACUACAAAGAGGUGCCUUGGUGGUGGUACGGCCUGCUCCUCGCUGGCGCCUUCGCCCUGGGCACCAUCGUGGUCACAACGCAGAACAUCACCUUGCCGUUCUGGGGAUUCUUCGUAUCGAUCCUGACGGGUUGUAUCAUCGCUCCAUUCAGCACCUUGCUCUACUCCAGGUUCGGCAGCGGAAUCGCGACCAACAAUUUGUCCAAAUUGAUGGCUGGUCUGCUGCUGCCAGGGCGUCCGGUUGGAAACAUGUACUUUGCCUCGUGGUCGCACAGCGUCAUCAUCAACUGUGUCAAUUUGUCGAACGAUCUCAAAUUGGGCGAAUAUCUCAAAAUCCCUCCACGUGUGAUGUUCCUCACUCAACUCUGGGGCACCGUCCUCGGCGGGUUCAUCAACUACGUCGUCAUGUCGUCCAUCAUCUCCGAGAAUAAGGCUCUUCUCACUGAUACCAAUGGUAAUUCAUCGUGGAGCGGCGCCACGAUUCAGGGUUACAACACCAACGCCACGUCCUGGGCGCUGGCGAGGUACCUCUACACGUAUGGCAAGGAGUACUACAUGGUCCCCUUGGGCCUGCUCGUCGGCGCGAGCAUCGUCGCCGCACACCGUAUCUUCACGGCGUUCGUCCCACGCAUCGGCAAAUUCGCCACCCACGAGAUCAACUUCCCCCUCUUCAUCCAAGCCGCGGGCUACAUUCCCUACAACGCCUCGCAGACCUGCGUCAUCUUCAGUACCAUCCUCGCGGGUUUCUUCAUCCAAUUCUACCUCCGCAACUACAAGCCGGCGUUCUUCAAGCAUUACAUGUACAUGAUUACGGGAGCGUUUGACGGUGGCGCGCUGUGGGCGCUGUUUAUUCUGUCGUUCGCGGUGUUUGGUGCGGCGGGCAAGACGAUUAAUUUCCCGGCGUGGUGGGGAAAUAAUGUGAAUGGGAAUUAUGAUCAUUGUCCUUCUUCUGGGUGA